AGAAUCUGGAAUUCAUGAGUAAAAUGCCUUUUCAGUGAUCCUACCCUACAACCAACACCGUGUAUCUCCCCAAAUACGGCGACAAUGAGUACUCGACCUCACUAUGAAUUAUAUGCUAUCGUUCAUGGUCACCUAGUGUCCACGAUCAACUGGCUUCGCCUCCGGCUCGAAAGUUUGCGAUCCGCGUCACAAAACCACAACGAAGCCUCUUACAAUGCACUGAACAAAGAAGAAUAUGAUUCCGAUGAUCUUCAUCCAACGAUCGGUCGGCCUCCCUUGACGUGGCGGUGUUUAGCCCUAGGGUUGGCUGAACGCUUGGUGUGGAUGCUUUGCAGCGCCGUUCUUUUGUCGGUCGUUGUGAUCCAGCACUUCAACACUCAGAUGCACUCUUACGAGACUGGUUUCGCCACUGAUCUUGCUGUGGCAACACCACACAUUGCGAUCCAAGAGAUUGUCUACACUGGCGGGGUUGUCCGCAAUGACGAAGGAAAGCUUGUCUUGGAUCACUCAGGGGCAUCGACCAUCUACGUCGGCGAGCCGUCAGCCGAACUAGACGAGAGUUGGGACCGACUGGAAUCAGCCAUCGAGAUCACGCUUCAAAGCCACGAGGCCAAGACGAAAGAUGGUCAGAUGCUUGAUACGAUGCAAUCUGAGGGCGAAUAUAGAACCAGCCUCGAUGUCGUCCACUCACUCCAUUGUCUGAACCAGCUGCGCAAGGUUUUGUAUCGAGAAUAUUAUUUCCCAAAUAGGCCCAACGAGUUCUUCUACACACACAUGAACCACUGCAUCGAUCAUCUGCGACAGGCCCUCCAGUGCCACGCUGAUCUCACGCCGCUCAACUACAAAUGGAGCGAGGAGCACGACCGGGCCCUGCCGACGUGGUCGUCUAAGCACACGUGCCGGGACUUUGACAAAAUGUUGAGAUGGGACUUUACAAUGACAGGAAAACCUCUUUCAGAGACUAAAGAGUACAAGAGUCACCAGGGUAGCUAGCUAAGUAUCUGUAAGCAAU